UCAGUUACACAAAAAGAUAAAGAGAAAAAAUGUCCCCGGGGUAGAGUUGAUCGUUGGUUCGCUUAAGUGGACGUCGUCUCGGUAGUCGCAGUGAGUGCGAGGAAGUCAACACGAGGAAGUCGACGAGUCGUUCCCGGAGGUGGAUUUCCGAGAUUUUUUCGAAUCCAAAAGUGCAUCGCGGGCGGAAGUGGAAACGGUUUCUGGUAGCUGUUGAUCGCGUCUGGAUCGGAAGUGUCGAGCUACGAUCGACGACGAUCCUGGAGUGGGACAUAGAAUGAGGAUAUUCGUUAUAGUCGUGUGUGGACUGGUAAUCGUUCUGACGUGCUUUGAAUCGACAUCAGUGAACAGUGAAAGUAGUUCUGUGCUAGGUCUAGAAGUGCCAAGUAGAUGGGAUAGCUUAAAUCGACUGUUCAGUUCCAAGCAGAGUGAUGCUAAAGAAGAACGAAACCAGGUCAACUAUGAAGUUUACGUAACACCGGUUAUGUCCCGACAUGUGGAAUUACGCGCCAAAAACCCGUUGCUGUCAUGGCUGGCAAAUGUGCUGAAUUUCGGUGGAGCCCAAUCGGAAGUAGAGCAGAAUCCCGAGCCCAAACCAGGAGAUUGUCCAAAGUGCACAUGUGGCGUCUCAUUGGUGACAUCCCGGAUUGUGGGCGGUGUCGUAGCCGACAUAAACGAGUUUCCCUGGAUGGCAAUGCUGCACUAUCGGGGGACAUUCUACUGUGGUGGAACGUUGAUCAGCGAUCGCUACGUUUUGACGGCAGCGCACUGUGUCUUGAACUUCAAACCUAGUCAAAUCACGGUCAAGGUGUACGAUACACGAGAGGCUCGGAUGGUCACGAAGGCUGUCGAAAAGCUGCACGGGAACGAUCGAUUCAAUUUGGACACGUUCAAUAAUGAUAUUGCCCUGGUGAAGCUGCAAAGGACGCUGAACGUGAAGGAUCACUUUGUGACGUUGUGUUUGCCCACUCCAGGUAAGAGCUUUUCCGGAUUGGAUGGAACCGUUUCCGGGUGGGGAAAGCUGUCGAAUGGGAGUUUGUCCCACACAUUGCAACAAGUUAAGGUCCCGAUCAUGACCAAUCAGCAGUGCAAGAAGAGCGCCUACCGAGCAUCACGGAUUACCGAUAAUAUGAUGUGCGCUGGCUUCCCGGAUGGUGGUCACGAUGCUUGCCAGGGCGACAGUGGUGGACCGCUGCAAGUGGGUGAUGCCAACGCCCGUGAAAUCGUCGGUAUCGUAUCAUGGGGCGAAGGAUGUGCCAAACCCAACUAUCCCGGAGUGUACACUCGAGUCAACCGAUAUUUGCAGUGGAUCAAGAGCAACGCUAAAGAUGGAUGCCUAUGCGAUCCACCUGAGUAGCAAUAACCCACCUAUCUAGUAACUUGCCAAUGAUGCCGCGAUGAUGAAUAGUUUUAUUGUGUUACUUUUAUUUGGUUCUGUUGUUAGAACUGGGUUGUAGAACGAGAAAUUCUAGUAAAAUAAUGACAUGUCAAUAAA